AUGGGAACCAGAAAAGGUCACGGAAAUGAUUACCCACAGAGAAUUGAAGACACAAUCAAUGGGCGCACUUACGAACGUGGAAAGUUCCUCGGAAAAGGCGGGUUCGCGAAAUGCUUCGAAUUUCGGAGAAUUCGCUCAGGUGGCGGUGCAGACCUCUUUGCUGGGAAAAUAGUUCCCAAGUCGCUUUUGGUGAAGCAGCAUCAACGCGAAAAAAUGGCACAAGAAAUCAAAAUUCACCGAGAACUCAAUCAUAAAAACAUUGUUAAAUUUUACGCUUCAUUCCAAUGCGACCGCUUCGUCUUUAUAGUUUUGGAGAUCUGCAAGAAAAAAUCCUUAAUGGAGCUCCACAAGCGUCGUGGACACAUAACAGAACCGGAAACUAGGUAUUACAUGUUUCAACUGUGUGAAGGCAUUUCUUAUCUUCACCAAAGAAAUAUCAUUCAUAGAGACCUGAAGUUGGGAAAUAUUUUCCUUAGCGACGAGAUGUCAAUUAAAAUCGGUGAUAUGGGUCUUGCAACACAACUCGAGUACGCUAGCCAGCGCAGGCGAACUCUCUGUGGAACUCCUAAUUAUAUCGCUCCGGAGAUUCUCGUCAAAAAGGGACACUCACUUGAAGUCGAUAUUUGGUCUACUGGCUGUAUAAUGUACACACUUCUUGUCGGGAAGCCUCCAUUUGAAACGAGCUCACUAAAAGAAACGUACUCGAAAAUAAAAAAGUGCGAGUACACGAUUCCAGAAGACAAAGUCGGUCCUUCCGCUUGCUCGCUGAUUACACAAAUGCUGAGUUCAAUGCCGGAGCGGCGGCCUAAAGUGAAUCAAAUCCUAGAACACGAUUUCGUCAAAAUCGGUUACAUGCCUAAACGACUUCCUAGUUCGGCGCUUAGCUGCCCACCGCGAUUGACGGAAGAGCAGAUGAGCUUCAGUGUAACUAGACAGCCAAUGAUUUCAAUAGCAAAAGACAACGAGGAAGAAAUUAUGCAGCCUGUUAUUAAAAAAACUACCCAAGCAUCUUCAGAAGAUCUUCGAGCCCAAGAACAAGCAAACGGAAUCCGAGAUUUAAGGACUCUGCUCAAUAUGCUAACUGAUAUUGCUUUAGAAGCGAAGGAACUAAACAGUGCAGUUUUGCCGGAUGAUUGUGAGCAUCCAAGCUCAUCACCUAUUUAUUGGAUAUCGAAAUGGGUCGACUAUUCUGAUAAGUACGGAAUAGGAUACCAGCUUUGUGAUAACUCUGUUGGAGUGCUUUAUAACGAUCAAACUCGAAUGAUUCUUCACGAAGACGGAGAACAAGUCCAGUAUCUUACGAAAAACAUGAAGGAAGAAAUGUUUCGCCUCUCUGUUGAUAAGCCCGAGUUGAAGAAGAAAGUUUCCCUCGUUAAUUACUUCAAGAAGUACAUGAAUGAACACCUCUUGAAGGCUGGUGCUGCGGUAGCGCCGAAAGAACCUGACCAGCUAGCUCGACUUCCAUUCCUCCAAACGUGGUUCAGAACGAGGAGGGCAAUAUGCCUCUGGUUAUCUAACGGUUCUAUUCAGAUCAACUGGUUCGAGAGCCAUGAAAAGAUAGUCCUCUGCUCCAAAAUGAAAGCACUAACUUUUCUUCUUCAAAACGGGCAAUCGAUAACUUACAGUUCCGACUUGAUUAUUAAACAUGGAAUAACAAGUGAUCUGAAAGAGAAGAUCAAGUACGCGCGGAACAUGGUGAAAAAGCUCAUGCGCCCUUCUGACUCAGGAACAAGCUCGGCACGAACGACCACUACACCCCAGACGACUCCCCUGAGAAAAACCUAG